UUCUGUUUGAAAAGUCAAUUGAGAAGGACCCUUUUGCCUUCGCCAAAAUAUGUCCCAGCAAUGUCAUGCUCCGAAAGAUCCGUUUUCAGCUCGUUUUCGGUUAACUCUUUAAUAAGUGGAGGUGCUAAGGAGCCACACUGCACCCCCAGUCAACCUGCGGGCUUUGUCCAGGACUACAGUGUCCAAAAUUAUUGGGGAUCCGUGCCAAGUCCAACCAAAGCGGGGGAAAUGAAUCAUCACCACCACCUCCAGCAGCAGCAGCAGCAGCACGGCGUGGGCUUGCCCGCGCACCAGUUCCUCCCGGGGAUGGUAAACUGGGUAGAGCACUCCCAAGCCAGCCGCGGACAGCAGCUCGGUCCUUGCCCCUACACCACGUCCAACGGAAAAGACGAGUCCUAUUUGUUUUUUGACACAGACAAACACUCAAAACCCUUGCCAGACGUUUCCGCCUUUACGAGGCUAAUGUCAGAGAUGGGCUCCCUGAGCAGCGCCAGCGGACCUAUUCAAGGCUGUUUCCGUCCAGACCAGUCCUACACUGCCGUCAAACCCGUCGAAUACACCCAGCACCACAUACCUCCCGCUGCCCACUCGCUCUCGUCAAACUCAGAGGCGGCCACUCAGCUGUUUAAUUUAAGCUACUCUGCGCCACAGCAGCUCUGCACAGAUUCCGAUAAAAGGGACAGCGACGACCUGUCUGUUUGCGAUUCUGUCUGUCUACCUCAGAAGAGCAAUAACAACACGAAGAAGCAGGAAGGCGAAGUGGUUUUACUGCAACAGAAGCCCCCUUCAGAGUUUCCUGAAGACGACAAAACUAUUAUCCAGGAUACGCAAGUGCACACGGGGGGUGAAAAUGCAACAAGCAGCUGGCUGACAGCAAAGGCUGGAAGGAAAAAGAGAAGUCCGUACAGCAAACACCAGACCCUGGAGCUGGAGAAGGAGUUUCUAUUUAACAUGUACCUGACUCGAGAGCGCCGCCUAGAGAUCAGCCGCGGCGUCGACCUCACAGACAGGCAGGUCAAAAUCUGGUUCCAGAACCGCAGGAUGAAACUGAAAAAGAUGAGCCGGGAGCACAGGGUCCGAGAUCUGACCGCACACUUCCCCAUAUGAGUCCAAUGGAAUCUGAAACACGAAAUGAAGCGAACAUGCAACCAGACAAACAGACACUUUCUAUCUAAAUACAGACCUGUGUGUGUUUCAUUUGCAGACUUUCUAAAAAUGUGGUGCAAAAAUAAGGGUUCUCUUGUGCAAGCUGUAGGCAAAUGAAUUCCCGCGGGGGGACAAAGAAACUGAAAACAACAUUUGCAUGAAGAUAUGUUUACUUCUCACUUCUCACGUCCAGCACAGCUCUCGUUUUGUCCUAUUUGAACAAUCUAAACAAUGAAUGAAAACAAUACAUGUAUUUUUGUAUAGG